ACCUAAAUUUAAAGUUGUACAGAUUUUUCUUUUUAGUUAUUAGACAUGAGUUUCAUAGCAUAUUUUGGUGUUGUUCCCAUUAUAACUAUCGCUAUUGUCUACAAGUUCUUCAAACUUCCGAAGCAAGACUUAUCUUUAAUCCAGAGCAUGGUGUUUCGAGACAACAAACCCAUUAUAAUAGGACAUCGAGGCGGUGGAUUUGAAGGACCUGAAAAUACACUAAUUGCGAUAGAGAAUUCAUACAAAAAUGGUGCUACAGCUGUCGAAGUGGAUUUAGAUUUUACUAAAGAUGGUGUGCCCAUUAUCUUUCAUGACGACAGCAUUGAUAGAGUUACCAAUGCAACCGGUAAAGUAAACCAAAUGCUUUAUGAGGAUAUGAAAAAUGUAAAUGCUGCAGCCAAAUUUAAUUAUACCUUGACAAAGGAUGGAAAGUCGAAUAUUGAAUUUGAAAAAAUACCAACGCUCACUGAAGUUGUUGAGUUGUGUAUGAAGUACAAUCUUCUUAUUGAUUUGGAUGUCAAGGGAAAUCCACAUAAAACUGCUUUUGCUUUAAAAGAAUUACUUCAAACAGUACCAAAUGCGCCCAAUUUUGUUCUAGUCACAUCAUUUUUCCCUGGUGUUAUUUAUCAAAUAAGAAAGCAGUGUCCGCAAUAUCAAACUGGUUUGAUAUGGCGAUAUCAUUUUAUGGCAAGAGAAAUUUCUGGUCGGCCUCGUUUUAGUUGGUAUAUUACUCCUUUUCUUGAUAUAUGUGAUAAGCUAGCAGAAGUUCUUAUUCACACCUAUCUGCCUGAUUUUCUUGGAGUGUCAGUUGUUGCCAUGCAGAAGGAUCAUUUGUCUAAAAGAUAUAUAAACAAGUGGAGAGAAAACGGAAUAGAAGUUGUUGCAUGGACCGUAAACAAUCCACUAGAGAAACAAUAUUUAUUGGAAAAUCUAGGUGUUCCCAUUAUUACUGACUCUCUAUUGAACAGUGAAAACUGCCAGGAACAAAAUGUUUAGGUAUUUUGAUUAUUAGCUUAAUUUAUAAUUUUGAAAAUGAUGAAAGUGUUAUCUUAAUAAGCAGUUAAGCUAUAAAUCUUUAAUAACUAUUGGCAACAGUUGGAUACAUCAUCAAAUAAGUUGAUUUCUAGUAUAAAUCUUUUUGCCAUAGUUAUACAAGGGGAAAAAUAUAGUUUUUUAGAAUUCCAGUAGGGUAAAAUGUUGUUUGAUUUUUAACUUUUAUUGCAGUAUUAUAGAUGGCAGCUUUUUAAACGAUUUUGGCAACUGUUCAAAUUGUUAACAAGUUAUUGACAUAAUUAAGGGCUUCAACGUUAAAAACCAUUUAAUUAUACUUGUAAGUAGGGUAACAAUCCAAUUUAUUAAUUUUGUUUUUUGAAUUAAAGAUUGAUACCUGGUGUUAUUAGGAUAUGAUAGCAGUUACAUAUCAUGACAUGGAUGCCUGAUCCAGGAAAUUAUUUCAGAGUAUUUGAACAUUUGUUAUUUUAGAAAAAGAUUUGUAUGCAUUUUUAACAAAAAAUCAGCCUGUAUGAUAUUAGACCACAGAUAUUAAGAAUACAGAGAUACCCUGUAAGCAUUGUGGGAUGCGAAUUUAUUUAUUUUUUUAUCUCGUGUCAAAACAGACAACAGGUAUUACUAACAGCAUAUUAUAUUAAUGUAGGGAUGCUCAAAGUCCGUGUGAUGAGCAUGACAGGCAAGUUUUUUUAAUUUUUAUCUUUUUAUUAUUUUUAUUCUGGUUCCACGAAUUUGUAAAGAUGAAUUUUUGUGUUAAACGGUUGAUAUUUCAAAGCUUACCUAUGUAAUCUGCGAA